GGAGGCGGCGGAGGAGGAGGCGGCGGUCCCGGUGAGCUCCGUUUCCGCGUUGUUCAGGGGGCGGCUCCGGGUCGCAGCGUGGUCCCUGGCGGAGCCGGCUGCUCGUUUUGCCGGGGCAGCUGGGCCGGAGGACAGGUGUGAUCCCUGCCUCUCCUCCCAGCCUGGUGCCAUGGCUGACAUGAUAUUUGGCAGCGGGACGGGCCAGUGGGUGUGCCCCAACGACCGGCAGCUUGCACUGCGUGCCAAGCUUCAGACAGGCUGGUCAGUGCACACGUUCCAGACUGAGAAGCAGAGGAAGAUGCAGGCUCUGAGCCCACAGGAGCUUGAGGUCAUUCUGGAAGUCAUCCGCAAGGCAGAGAAAUUGGACAUCAUUGAGCAGCAGCGCAUCGGGCGCCUGGUGGAGCGGCUGGAGAACAUGAGGAAGAACGCGAUGGGGAAUGGCCUCUCGCAGUGCCUGCUUUGUGGUGAACUGCUUGGGCUGCUGGGUAGCACGUCGGUCUUUUGUCAGGAUUGCAAAAAGAAAGUUUGCACCAAGUGUGGAAUAGAAACCUUUGGAGCCCAGAAACGUCCUCUUUGGUUGUGCAAGAUCUGCAGUGAACAAAGAGAGGUUUGGAAGAGGUCUGGUGCGUGGUUCUACAAGGGGCUGCCCAAGUACAUCACGCCUUUGAAGAGCAGCAGCAAAUCCAGUGAGCAGCACUCGCAGCCUUGGCAAAGCGAGCCAGCCAUGCCGGAGGCAGAGAGCAUCGGGACCAGCCGAUCCUUCACCUGGGCCAGGGGAAAAGUGGUUUCAAGUGACAGUGAGAGCGACUCGGAGUUCAGUUCCUCCAGCCUGGAUGAUAAGCCCUCACCUGCAGGGUCAAAAGGCUCCCAAGGCAGAAAGCAGCAAGCAGGACUAGCAUCCAUCAGGGAGCCCAGCCGGGGCAGGGUGCUGGGAAGCACCCACUCCCCAAGCCUGUCGGGGAGCCGCAGCAGCCUGGGCAGUGAGCAGGGGGCUGACCCCAGUGCCACUGAGAGCUGCCACAGUGACCAGCCAGCUGAUGGGCGAGACAGCGAUGCCAGCAGCAGGGUCCCUGGUAAGCUGAACCUCCUCUCUGGGCAUAUCCAUGCUUUGGGGGCUUACUUGCUUUGAAGUACAGCUUUCUCAGCUGCACACCUGCAAAGCUGCAGCCGAGGAUCACCUUUCCCUGCUGUUUUUCUCAUGGCAGAUGCUGUCACAACAUUACAGCUCACUCCUUCCCUCUCCCCCGAGUGCAGAAUUAUUCUGCAACAUGAGUAAUUGUCUGAGGUGGGAGCUGCCUACAUCAAGAGCAGUGGUAGACUGAGUCUUUGUCCCAGCCAAGGCCCUGAGCUUCUCUCUGCCCUGCAGAGGCAGCAGAACUGAUUGAGCAUUUACUGAAGGAAAGCAGAACUCCAACAGCUUUAUGAGACUGGAUAAAAAUUUUCCUAAUGGUAGAUGGCUCUUAAAGCCAAGAAUGGCUCUUCCCAGGACUCUGCAGUGCAAGGAAAAGACACUUUUCCCCCCUUCAACAGCCUUGGAACAAUUAAGUGACUGACAGUAGAAGCUGCUAUCACAUCUGAUCUGGAGCAGCUGAAAGAGAUGCAAAUGUGUUCUCUCUGCAGCUCCCACUAAUCUAGUCAAUAACCCCUUAAGUUAUCGUUUAGUGCUGCUCUCUCCAGAGCAUUCCUGCUGCCCUGUGAGCUGCCGCUCCUUUUGUUCCUGAGCCUGUUUUGUGCUGUGCAUGUUGAGGCGUAAAUUGGAUUAGAGAGAACAGGUUUAUCCUCAAGUGUAACAUGGAGUCAUCGUUCCCCCUCCCCACGCUUCCCACUAGAAAUAGCCAGCAUAAAAUUGUUUCUCUGCUUUUCCCUCCCUCCCCAAAGUUUCAGGCAUUUGCAGUUUUCUUUAAUUCUUGGUUUUGCAAAGCAAGUCAGAUGAGUGAUACUUCUGUUCUGUCUGUCAUCUCACUGGAUUAUAGUGCUGUCCUGGACAGGGUGGUUUAUUUUAAGUCCCUGUUGGCUGUGGCAUUAAUGACGUCUGAUUGCUGUUGUGUAUUGGCUCUGAUGGCUGCUGAGCAGAGCUGCAGGUUGGGCUGCAGGAUUGAAGUGAAUGGUGGUGGAUUGCAGGUGUGACCAGAGAAGCUGUGGC